AUGAAAGCACCUAGUGCAGUUAUAGUGCUCAUAGUAUGUCUGUCGGCCGCCACACCACUUCUGGCCUCCAGUGCCGUCGGCGACGUUGUCGGCAAAUUGACGGUCGGAUACCAGGGAUGGUUUGGCGCCAAAGGGGAUAACUCACCGCGCAAUUCAUGGGGCCAUUGGGUAAAAAACAAUGACCAGCCCUACAAAGACCAUCAAAAGUUUGACCUCUGGCCAGACGUUAGGGAAUACACGCAUACCUACCAAACGGGUUACGCUAACCUCGGUAAUGGACAGCCGGCUAAGUUGUUCUCUUCGUGGGACAACCAGACUGUGGACACACACUUCAAAUGGAUGAAAGAGGUGAAUAUCCUGAACAACAUCGAUACGGCGGCGCUUCAACGGUUUGGGUCAUACGUAAAGCCUGACCCCAUCGCCCGGAAAAGGGAUAACGGUAUGGCCGACAACGUGAGGGCGGCGGCCGAGGCUCACGACCGCAAGUUCUACAUCAUGUGGGAUAUCACCGGAUGGACUAAAUUCGCCGCCGAACUCAUCGAGGACUACGACAACAACAUCAAGCGUCUGACGACAAGUAAGGCCUACGCCCACCAGAACGGCAAACCCGUGGUCUGCAUCUGGGGCUUCGGGUUUGAUAACCGUCCGCAGGACACAAAGGGUGCGCUCGUUGUCAUCGAGCAACUCAAGCAAAGGGGUGUUUAUGUGGCGGGCGGUGUGCAGACCCAGUGGCGCACCGACACCACCGCCUGGAAGGACGUCUAUACGAAGCUCGAUAUGUUGCAGCCCUGGGCGGUCGGCCGCUUUGGGGGCGUCAAAGGGGCCGAGGGUUAUAAAAAGGUGUUGGAGGCCGACCACAACACACUGAAACAGCUUAACAUUGAUUUUCAGCCGGUUCUAUUUCCGGGUUUCUCGUGGGCUAACUGGGAGCCAAAAGCUAUACAAAACCAUAUCCCGCGUGAGCAUGGUGACUUCAUGUGGCGUCAGUUCGUGAACGUGCGAGAGCUGGACAUCCCGUCGUGUUAUGUGGCGAUGUUUGACGAGUACGACGAGGGGACGGCCAUCGCAAAGGCGGCC